GGGCCGUGCCACUGCAUGCCUGAGGACUGCGAUGCUGCAAUGCGUGACUACAUGCACCACCCGGACCAUUACCAGGGGCACAAUGAUCACCCCUACUACCCUCCCGGUGGGCCGCCUGAGCCUCUAGCACUGCCCCCCUCUGGAGGUGGCACCUUCCCACGCUCGCAUGCACCUCAGCAACAACAGCCCUAUGACUCAUGCGAGGAGUGCCUGUCCUCAGCUGGCCAUGGGCACGGGCACCCAAAGAUGCACCGUAUACCGCCCAACCUUCUGGACCAGUUUGAGAAGCAGUUGCCCUUCCAUCCGGAUGGUUUCCACACCCUCCAGUACCAGCGCACAGCUAGUGGGGAGCAACGCAGUGAGAGCCCCAGCCGUAUUCGCCACCUGGUGAACUCUGUGCAACGCCUCUUUGCCAAGUCUCACUCACUCGAGGCACCAUCAAAGCGCGAGUUCAAUGGCACACGUGGAGGGGGGGACUACCGGGAGCGAGACAGAGGCCAUCGCAGUGGAGGUGAGGAAGGUGGGGGUCACCACCACCCAGGCACGCACCAGUCCCGUUCAGCCCGCCGAAAUAAGAGCCGGGAGCGCAGCAAGAGCGGAGACUCACGCCACGAGUCCCGGCACAGUUCACGCCACCGCAGCAAGACAGCCGGGUGGUGGAGUUCCGAUGACAACCUGGACAGCGACAGCAGCUUUCUGGUACCUGGGGGCCGAGGGGGACGGGGAUACCCCACGGGCCAUGAGACCCUGGAUGCAGCCAUCCAGGAGCUCACCUUGAAAAAAACCAAAGGGCCACCUCCUGGGGAAUGCAUGGCUUGCUCCACUAUGGCCAGGGCAGGAGAUGGGGGCCACUCUCUGAAGAGGAGCACCUGGUCAGCCAUGACAGUCAGUCAGGCCAGAGAAGUGUACCCUGCCUCUUCUCGAGGAGGGGGAGCAGGAACAGGAGGGGCAAGUUAUGAGAAAGCCCUGGUGCCUCUAGAUACCAAGCUGAAGGAGCGCAACCUCCACUACCUACAGGUUCCCUCAGAUGACUGGGGUGGAGGGGGGUCGUCAGACAGUGGAGGGGAAAUCCCAUGCAGACGAAUGCGCAGCGGCAGCUACAUUAAGGCCAUGGGGGACGAUGACAGCGCAGACUCGGAUACCAGCCCUAAGACCUCCCCUAAACGUGCCCUCAUUGCUCAGAGAGAAGCCUUCCGUCGCUCCAUCAGCAUGGACCAGCGCUCCUCUACCACGAAGUACUCAUGUAAACAGUGUACAGAUUCCUACACAAACAGCCGUACCACACCGAAAGGACACACCCGCUCUCGCAGCUACACACGCUCUCUGACCAGCUCACAGCUGGGGGAUACACUGAACCGUCAGUUCGAGUCGGUGUGUGAGACCAUGUUUGGAGAGAUGGAGUCUCAGGCUGUGGAGGCUCUGGACCUGCCGGGCUGUUUCCGCACACGCAGCCACAGCUACGUACGGGCCAUCCAGGCGGGCUGUUCCCAAGACGACGACUGCCUGUCUGUGUUCUCCAUGUCGGGCCCUCAGGGGAGCGUAAAGGGCGGAGCAGUGUUUCCAUAUAGGAAAGGCCCGCCUCCCCUUCCACCACGCAUGUCCAAGCCUAUGAUCUCCAUAACGGCCCAAAGCAGCACCGAGUCCACCCAGGACGCUUACUUCCAGAGCACAGGCCAGCCCGCACUGGGGCGGCCCAAGCUGCACAGCAACUCUGUGGAUCUUACCGAGAUCAGCGGCCGCACCUCCAGAGGGGGCUACUAUCCAGCCGGGGGGUCAGCACGGCUCAGGCAGAACAGUAACUCCGCAGAGAGCGUGGACAGCCGGGCGCUGAGGGAUGCUGGCUACCCCGCUGGGUCGGGGCCCAUGAGGCCCAAACACAGCACCUCUGCAGACAGCCUGCUGGAAGGACCCCGCGGGGGGAGGGAGCGGGCUGGAGGAAGCCUGGGCAAGUCUGCCUCACUGCCCCAAAACAGCAUGACCCUGAGCAAAACAGGACACAGCACAGAGGAGCACAGGCAGGACGGCAAGGGGCGCAAGUGGAGACCCUCCAUAGCAGUUCAGGUGGACAGCUCUGAGACUUUGUCCGACUCAGAUAUGGAGGGAAAGGCACUGAGAGAGGUGCACUCCAUCGGAGUCCAGGUGGAGGACGACAAGAGACGAGCACGCUUCAAGCGCUCCAAUAGUGUGACGGCAAGUGUGCAGGCUGAUCUGGAGACAGAAGGCUUUGGGGCUCUAAGUGUUCCCACCCAGGACAAGGGCCUGCAGUUCGGCUGCUCCUUCCAGCGCCACUCCUCUGAGCCCGAGUCAGCUGGUCAGCUGGUGGAGUACCGUACCGUCCACACACAGGGCCAGUGGGCCUACCGUGAGGACUACCACAGCGGCUACUCCACUGAGCCCUGCCCACUGGAGCUAAGAGCCCUGCCCCACUCCCACUCACCCCUGCCCCUGGCCUCUGAGCGGGGUGGGCCAGGCUGGCACGAGGGUCCCCGCAGCCUGCCAGACUCAGGCCGAGCCUCACCCUGCCUCCGGGAUGGGGAGUUCUUCCUUCGAUUGCUGCAGACUGAGGUGGAGAGGAUGGAGGGCUGGUGCCAGAACAUGGAGAGAGAGGCGGAGGAGAAUGAGUUGCCAGAUGAGGUGCUGGAGCUGAUCAGAGCAGCGGUGGGCAGUGCACAGAUGCUCAUGUCCCAGAAGGUGCAGCAGUUCUUCCGCAUGUGCCAGCAGAGCGUGGACCCCUCAGCGUACCCCCAGCCCACCACUCAGGACCUGGCCAGCUUCUGGGAGCUGCUGCAGCUGGCCAUUGAGGACGUGCGGGUGAAGUUCCAGGACCUGCAGCGGAUAAAGGACUCAGGCUGGAGGCUGCCUCCGGAGAAGAAGGAGGAGAAGAAGCUUCCUCCUCCAUUACCAAAGAAGCCAGCAGGUGGUGUGAGUGGGAGUCUGCGGGCAGAAAGCUUGGCUGAGGCAGGGGGCAGCAGUGGUAUGCUGGUGGUCUCCCAUGGGCAAGGUGUUCCCAUUCGGGAUAAAUCCUUGGACCUGACCGAGCGUCAGAGGCAGGAGGCCAGGCGGAGGCUUCUUCAGGCAGGCCCCAAGCGAGCCGCCUCUUUCCGGCAGAACUCGGCCACGGAAAGCGCGGACAGCAUCGAAAUCUACAUCCCCGAAGCGCAGACCAGAUUAUGAGCUGGCCCUGGUCACUUUUGUCCAUCAAAUAACCAUAGCAAGUCCCCGCUGGCCGCCUGCACACACACUCCACACUCACGAGCGGCCUGGGAGAAGGAUUAUGGCAGCAUAACUCGCUCAUGAAGUGUGUUUAAAAGCAAGAUGGAAGAUAGAUGUGAGCUCACUCACUUGUUUGUGUUGAACCAGUGUUAAUCCUCACAGGAAAUAAAAAAGGGCUCCCACCAGCACAACCAAGUGGUAUGAGACUGAGGGGUUUGCUUUCAAAAACGCGUGUAUAAUAUCCCAAAACCUUAGAACUCUUUCAAUAAAUUGCCUGCGCAAAUACGGGUGCAAAAUCUUCUUGGUGAGAGGAGCUUAGAUUUUAGUUACAAAUAGCAGACACUUUUUUGAUAUAGUCUUGUAUGUUACUGUGCAUCUAGUUUUUUUCUUAGUCUUGUGCUAGUAGUUCCUCUCACUGUGAAACAGCAGCACACUCUAGUGGCCAGGGCAGGUAAGUGCACCCCUAAAACUCAGGCCAGACAACAUAAAUAUUGAUUUCGUCCCAGACUCUGAACCACAAAAGCAGCAUAAUUCAGUACCUGUUUUCCAUUUUCUGGCUAAUAAUCAGUGCCCAGCAGUGAUGUGCUUUUGGGCUUGUCCUACUAAUCGUGGAAGAUAUAACAGAUUUUCUCAAUGUGGGCAGAGAUAAAAGAUUCUAAAGCUGUCAAGAAGCAAGUUGUCCUGAGGUUUGGACCAAGUAGUUCUGCUACCACAGCCGUACAAGGGCGCAGAAGACAAUCCCCAAUGUUACAUGUCUGUCCUGCUUGGGAAAGAAGAGCCCUUAGUCCACUGAUCCACCAUAAUGUUUGUAAAUGGCAGAAAACUGUGAAAUCCUCUAGAGGAAAGUUAGUUUUGCCCUUGGCCAAAAAAUUCUAGCAUUUCAUCAUUGC